CUUACCACUGGAGUGUCCUUCCACACGUGGUACCUUGUUGUUAGCGCCUGCGGAUGACGAGCAUCCCUCAGCCGAUCCGGCCACUUGGGCCGUGUGAAGUGUAUUCGUCCUCAAGGCACGCGUUGGGCUUCUAUCGGUGCCUGGCCAACACUUGUCGCUAUGCUGUUCCAUGGUCUGUCCUCCAAGGCAAGAGUGUUCCCGACGUAUUGGAGGCUGCAGUCGCAAAUCUGGUCCUCCGGUUGCCCCGGUUGAGUGUGGCAAUCACUGGCGAUGAAGCAUCUCGCCCUUACUUUGCCUCGGUGUCCUCUCUGGAUCUUUCUUACCACUUGGAAUGUGUGGAGCUGCGUGCCGAACUUGAUUUUCAUGCUCGCGACUCACACCUACUCCAUAUGUUAGAAGCCCAACACAACCGGUUGUGGCCUGACGUCGGGUUCCGACCGCCCUGGAAGGUGCUUGCCGUUUAUGAUCCUCGGCCGUCACAACUUGAGGACAGGCUGAUACUCGAUAUUGUGCUUGCCAUCCACCACUCUCUCGCUGAUGGAAGGAGCACAGCCAUUUUUCAGGCCAGUCUCUUGGACGAAUUGAACAAGCCACUAGUCCGCCCCUCGUGCCUAGAGGACCACGUUUUACGGAUGCCCAGCAAGCCUCAUGGGCACAUUUCGCCACCUCAGGAAGAGCUCGUCAAAUUCACCACGUCUUGGAGGUUCCUCGCCGGCACGUUGUGGAACGAAUUCGUCUCAGGCUGGCUCUGCAAACCAGCGACCGACCUUCCUUGGGCGGGCGCACCGAUCAGGCCUGACCCUUACCAAACCAGACUCCGUCUGGUUACCAUCCCUGCAAAAGCUGUGUCACAGCUUCUUGCCAAUUGCAGGGCGAAUGGCACCACACUCACCCCUUUACUUCAUGUGCUAAUUCUCACAUCUCUGGCUCGACGCUUAACAGCAGAGGCAGCCACGUCAUUUCAGAGCUGCACUCCUGUAGACUUGCGCCCCUUUAUUCAAUCUGGAUUUCAUGUGGCUGAUCCCGCCGAAGUCUUUGGAGUGCUGGUCACUUCGGCGUCGCACAGUUUCAACUCUUCUCGUGUCUCGGGGCUGCGGGAGCAAGCAAGUGGAGAGAAGAUUUGGAGCCUUGCUCAAACCUUGCGUCAGGAACUCAAGGACUGGGUCGAGACCAUUCCUCAAGAUGACAUGGUAAGUAUGCUUCGCUGGAUUGCCAACUGGCGCGGUUUCUGGCUCAACAAGGUGAACAAGCCGCGGGAGCACACAUUCGAAGUGUCCAACAUUGGAUCGCUGCAUGGCAGUCCGGAAAACACUGCCAAUGCAGACCGAGAAACCGGUUCAAAGUGGCAGAUAGUACGGUCUGUAAUGUCGCAGUGCGCCAUAGUCGCGGGGCCGGCUCUCUGUGCUAGCGUCUCGGGUGUUGUAGGGGGUCCCAUAAGCAUUGCGCUAAGUUGGCAGGAAGGUAUCAUCGAGUCAGAACUUGUCGAAGGUGUAGCACACGAUUUGCAGCUCUGGAUGAACCAAGGCGGUCCAGUGCAUGGUCAAAGGUUGCCGUAAUGUGCGCUGACACGGAAGUUGGUGUCGUGGAAACGAGGUCUUGCCGAUCAGCAGCUGGGAGGUGGUGGUUUACUUGUAUAAGCAGGCUCUUUCCUGUAACAGAAGUCUUCUAUAGCCUUUGUGCUCUCCGUGUUGACCUUCCGGAUACCAUAGAAGAGUCAGUAGCUGUACUUGAAAUGAUGGCGUUA